AUGGCUCCUCAACUCGACGGCUACUUCAAGCAGGUCGAUGCUCUCUCCGACCACUUCAUCGAGCGUCUCCGGAAAGCAGUCGCCAUCCCCUCCAUCUCCGCAGAUGAGGAACGCCGCCCCGAUGUCGUGCGCAUGGGGGAGUUCCUCGCAGACGAGCUUACGGCCCUCGGCGCCGAAGUGCAGAAACGGCCUCUGGGCAAGCAGCCGGGUAAGGAGCAUCUGGAUCUGCCGCCUGUGAUCAUCGCCCGCUAUGGGAACGAUAAGAAGAAGCGCACCAUCUUGGUGUAUGGACACUACGACGUGCAGCCUGCGGGGAAGGACGACGGGUGGGCCACGGAGCCCUUCGAGCUUACGAUUGAUGACAAGGGACGUAUGUACGGCAGAGGCAGCACGGAUGACAAGGGGCCGGUCCUGGGAUGGCUGAACGCGAUCGAAGCCCACCAGAAAGCGGGCGUCGAUUUCCCAGUCAACCUACUCAUGUGCUUCGAAGGAAUGGAGGAGUAUGGCUCAGAGGGCUUGGACGACUUCAUCAAUGCCGAGGCCAAGAAGUUCUUCGCGGAUGCAGAUGCGGUCUGCAUCUCUGACAAUUACUGGCUUGGAACCGAGAAGCCUUGCCUGACAUACGGUCUUCGUGGCUGCAGUUACUACUCCGUCGAGAUCUCAGGCCCGGGCCAGGAUCUCCACAGCGGGGUCUUUGGCGGUACGGCACAAGAACCCAUGACUGACCUCACGCGCGUGCUUGCGAGCCUCGUCGACACAGAUGGCAAGAUCCAGAUCCCAGGCCUCGCGGACCUCGUGGCUCCCCUCACCGACGAAGAGAAGUCGCUGUACAGCGACAUCGCCUUCACCAUGGACGACCUGCACGAGUCUCUCGGCAGCAAGACCACCAUCUUCCCGGACAAGGAACGCACGCUGAUGGGCCGCUGGCGCUACCCCUCGCUCUCGAUCCACGGCAUCGAAGGCGCCUUCUCGCAGCCCGGCGCCAAGACCGUCAUCCCCGCCAAGGUCAGCGGGAAGUUCUCCAUCCGCACCGUGCCCAACAUGGAGCCCGAGGAUGUCGACCGUCUGGUCUUCAAGUACGUGGAUGACGUGUUCAAGAAGCUGGGCAGCAAGAACACCAUGAAGUGCUCGCUGUUGCAUGCGGGCAAGUGGUGGGUUGCGAGCCCUAAACACUGGAACUUCUCUGCGGCUUCGAAGGCCGUGGAGAGGGUGUGGGGCGUGAAGCCUGACUUGACCCGGGAGGGUGGAAGUAUCCCUGUCACCUUAACAUUCGAGCAAGCAACGGGUAAGAACGUGCUUCUGCUUCCGAUGGGGAGCUCGACAGAUGCGGCGCACUCGAUUAAUGAGAAGCUGGAUAAGAAGAACUACAUUGAGGGUAUUAAGUUGUUGGGAGCAUACCUGCACUACGUUGCUGAAGAACCAAUUACCAAUUAA